AAAAUGAAAGCAUCAUGCAAGCUUGUACCUAUUUGAAGAGCUGUUUAAGAUCCCAUAAAUGCAUUGCCUUAUCACAUGUUUCCAGCCACCAUACACUGACAAUUAAUGAAAACAUCUCUAUAUUAUAUAUCCAACAUCCUCAUCUCAUCUCCCUUCAGCUUCUGAAAAUUUACUACUUCAUUUUCCUCCACUCUAGUACAAAAAAAUCACACACACUGACACAUACAUGUAGCAAUGGAGUUGAUGAGAAGAAUAAUCCAUGUGAUUAUAAUAAUAGUGUUGUCAACAGCAUUUAGCAAUAUUGCAUUUGGAGAUGGGAGAGGAGAGCAAGAUCUUGACCGCAUAACGGCGCUUCCAGGGCAGCCGGCGGUCAACUUCUCCCAAUAUUCCGGCUAUGUCACCGUCAACCAAGAAGAGGGCCGUGCCCUCUUCUACUGGCUCAUGGAGGCUGCCAAUCACCCGGACACUAAACCACUUCUUCUUUGGCUCAAUGGAGGACCUGGAUGUUCAUCAGUGGCGUAUGGAGCAUCAGAAGAAAUAGGGCCAUUUAGAAUCAACAAAAAUGCUUCAUCUCUCUACCUCAACAAAUAUUCAUGGAAUAUAGUGGCAAAUGUUUUGUUUCUUGAGUCGCCUGCUGGAGUUGGCUUCUCCUACACAAACACGAGCUCCAACCUCGAGGACUCUGGGGACGAAAGAACCGGUACAUUCCAUAUCCAUUUUUUGCAUUCAUUUGAAGCAAAAAGGAGAGAAUCUCAUCAAAAUUUGGUGUUGAUAGCUGAGGAUGCUCUGGUUUUCCUGAUAAGAUGGAUGGAUAGGUUUCCACAGUACAAAUACAGAGACUUUUACAUCUCUGGAGAGAGCUAUGCAGGCCAUUAUGUCCCACAGCUGGCAAACAAGAUAUAUGAUUAUAACAACAAAUCUUCCCAUCCCAUCAUCAAUCUCAAAGGAUUCAUUGUAGGAAAUGCAGAUACAGACAGCUACUACGAUUACAUUGGAACCGUGAACUACUGGUGGAGCCACUCCUUGAUAUCGGAUCACACAUAUAACUUACUUUUGAAAUCAUGCAAUAACAGCUUCAAAGAUACUUCUCAGAAAUGUCAAGACAUGCUGACGUACGUGGAUAAAGAAAUUGGGAACAUAAAUCUGUACAACAUAUACACAGAGAGGUGCAAUGAACCACAAGGGGGAGGAAGCAGGCAGUUUCUGAAGCGCAGGACAGUUGCACACUCUUCUGGAUACGACCCUUGUACAGAGAACUAUGCUGAGAUAUACUACAACAGGCUGGAUGUGCAGAAAGUGCUCCAUGCAAAUACUACCGGCAUUCCAUACAAGUGGACAGCAUGCAGUGAUCCACUUAUAAAUAACUGGAAAGACUCUCCCGCUUCAAUGCUCCCUGUCUACACGAAGCUGAUCGCUGCAGCGCUUAGAAUAUGGGUAUUCAGUGGAGACACAGAUGCAGUCGUCCCUGUGACAGCAACGAAACUUUCUCUGAGCCAUCUCAAUCUCAGAAUCAAAACUCCAUGGUAUCCUUGGUAUGUUGGUGGCCAGGUGGGAGGAUGGACAGAGGUGUAUGAUGGGCUAACAUUUGCGACAGUUAGAGGAGCUGGGCAUGAGGUUCCUCUGUUUCAGCCCAUGAGAGCUUUCAAACUUAUAGAGUCCUUCUUGUCUGGGAAAGACUUGCCAAAAUCUCAGUAAGAUAGCACAAAUGUACUUUCACGAAAACCAGGUGAAGGAAUAUCUAGAAAAAGUCUUAGAAUAGGAUCAUUCAACAUGAAUUGUAUCUCAAAGUUACAUGCUAUAGUUCUCAAGCAAAACUAUUUGUUCACAUCCUUGUUUUUAGCCAAAGGAAGAUUGUAUAAUGUAAACGUACAUGCAUUCUCUUUGACUAGAAACAAAAUUGUGUUUCUACAUAAA